GUUGUGUUGUGUUGUGUUGUUGAGUUUGGGAUGGUUUGGGUUUAUGACGUAAUUAACGUGCCUUUAACAUUUCGAAUCGCGGCACGUUAGCGUGCCUCUAGUCACAGCGUAUGCCGCAAACCAAACAUAACCUCAAAAUUAAACUAUAGUUUUAACCUCUAGAUAUAUCACAGUCUGUGAUAUAUCUAGAUUCUGUGAUUCACAGAACAAACCAUAUAUCCUUUUUCUAUGCCAUAUAGUCUAUGUUUUGUGUUGAUCAGUGGUCCAUGCAAGAACACUAUAUAUAUUUUAAUAAAUAGUCACAAAUUGUGACCCACACUCCACACAACAUUGUUUAUAUAGUGCUAUUGGCUUUAUGUUUUGAUAAAUUUUAAUAACUCAACGACAAUGAGUGUAUUCAAAAAUAAGCUUAUUAGAACAGAUGUGACUUACCUUAAGAUAGUAAAUGACUAUAUUUUAACUGGAAUUGGAGGCGAUUUACAAAUAUUCUCUUUAAGUAAUGAAAUGUUUAUUACUAAAGUUAAAAUAUUUUCUGGGCAGAAAAUAUAUGGGGUUGAAACAAACAAAUCAAAAAACAAACUCUUAGUUUAUGGGGGAAUGUAUAUAAAAGUAAUUGAUUUUCCAAAUGUUAAUAAUUCCAAAGAGCAUUUAAUGUCAAGUGUAAAAGAAUGGAUAUUAGAUGCAAAAUUAUUAGAUAAUAAACUUUGCCUUGCAACAAUGAACAAUAAAUUGUUAAUUUUGUCUAGUAAUUUAGAUGUUGAAAAAGAAGUUUUAUGCGAGGAAAGAUGCAUUUUAUAUAGUGCUUUUAUCAGCAUAAAUAAAAAUGAAAUAGUUGUAAUGUCUGGUACAGUAUUCAGUGAAGUUUUAAUUUGGUGGCCAACUAAAUAUGACAAUAAUGGAAUAAGCCCUGUUUUAAAAAAACUUACUGGACAUAAAGGGGUAAUAUUUUCAAUAGACUAUCAUGCAGAAACUGGUGUAAUAUGCAGUUGUUCUGAUGAUCGUUCAGCCAUAUUAUGGAAGUUAAAAAGUGAUAUUACUCAAGAACUAAAGAAAUCCAAUAUAGAUAUAUCAAUACUGACACAGGUACAUGGGCAUAGUUCCAGAAUAUUUAGAUGCAAAGUAUUCCAUGAUUUUUUCAUAACAGGUGGUGAGGAUUCUUUGGUAUUUAUUUGGUCACAUAGUGGUGAUUUAAUUAGGAAAAUAGAAGCACACCAAGGAAGCUCUAUUUGGGCUAUUGAUGUUGAUGAAGGUACCAAACAAAUUGUUAUUGGAGGGAGUAACUCAGGGUUAUCAUUAUUUCCAAUUAAUUCAGAUAUAGAAAAUUUAAAAUUAAGCCUGCCUAAAUUGGAACCUCCUAAUUCAAUUUGUUUUAUGAGUAAUAAUAAUAUAGCAAGCAUUACUGAAAAUGGAAACUUGUAUUAUUAUUUGGAUAAAAGUAAGAGUUGGUUUUUGGUAGAGAAGCAUGAAGAACUAAAGUAUUAUUGUUUAAUGCAAUCAUCUAAAUGUAAAAAAUUAUUUGCUUUAGCAGGAUACAAAGGACAAAUAUUUCUCUACAAAGAAGAUUCAAACAACCUUAAGUUAAUUUGUAAAUAUAUAACAUUGAGGGAAUCCAGAAUUUAUUCUUUUCACUGGUUAACUUGUAAUACCUUCUUAAUUUGCCAGGAUAAUGGUAUUUUAUUAUUACUGUUCCUUCACAAAAAUAAUAUUAAUCUGAUUUCAACAUAUAAUUUACCACAAUCAAAAGAAAGGUGGACCACAUCUGCCACUUUUUUUAAUAAAGAAUUAUUUAUUGUUGGUGACAGAAAAGGGCAUUUAUAUGUAUAUAGCAUUUCUAACAAAGAACCAAUACAAAUAAUUAAAAGAGUACAUAACCAUUUGGGGGUCACACACUUAUCAUUGGAUAAAAAUCAAUUAAAUUCUUUGGGUAGAAAUGGUAUCCUUAGAACAUUUAAUAUUCAGAAUAAUGUAGUAAAAGUUGCAGCCUCUAAUAAGCUGCCAUUUCUAUGGCUGGCUAAAAUUCUGAACAAUUUAAUAAUAGGAUUUUCCGGAAAUAACUUUGUUAUUUGGGAUUACAAAUUAAGAUCAAUUUUAUUUGAAAAAGAAUGUGGGGGUGGACAUCGUUCAUGGGACUUUAUAAAAACGUCAAAUAAUUGUAAUGUUGCUUAUGUUAAAGACAAAAUUAUACACUGUGUUAAAAUUGACUGGAAUUCAGUAUGUCCAAAAGAGCUUAUAGAGGGUUUGCAUGUGAACCAAAUAAAUUCUUUAGUUGCCUUUAAUUAUAUGAAUAAAAAAUAUUUGGUGUCUGGUGGUGAGGAUACUACAAUACAAAUAAAUGAGUUAAAUAAUAAUUGUACUCUGAUAAAAAAGCUACACAAUUUAAAAUCCCAUCUUUCUAAUGUUAGAACAAUUAAACAUGUUCUUUGGAAGAACCAAAAACUUAUAUUUUCUGCUGGUGGAAGGGCACAAAUUAUACUUUGGGCAAUAAAAAAUGAAAACAAUGAUUGUAUAUCAUGUAAUGAGUUUUGCUCAUAUUAUGAAUCUAUGAAUACUGAUGAUGCUGAAAUGAGAAUAAUGGAUUUGUAUUUGCAUAUACACAAUGAAAAACUAUAUAUUUUUGCUGCCUGUUCAAAUGGUUUUAUUAAGAUAUUUUACUUGGACGAUAGUAAUAAAAUUAUUUUAAAGGAAAAUGUUUUUUAUAAAUUAAAGUGUAUUACAAAAAUCAUAGGGUUUAAUUUUGAUAAACACUCUAUUUUGGUCACAUUAGCUACAGAUGGAUUUCUUAUUUUUUGGGACAUAAAAAAGUUACUUGAAGAAAAUGUACAAGAGAAAUAUCCAGUCCAAUCUAUAAAAUGUCAUCAAUCUGGAAUAAACAGUGUAGAUCAUAAAAUCUACAAAUCCAAUAAUGAAUCAUAUGUAAUAUUUUUGACUGGUGGCGAUGAUAAUUUAAUAGCUUUAAAUAAAUUAAAAAUAACAAACAUAAAUGGGCUAAAAAUUGAUGUUCUUUGUAAUUACACCAACUCAGGGGUACAUUGUUCACAAAUAACUGGUACAAAAAUAUUGGAUAAUUACUUUUUUACUGUAUCUAUUGACCAACGUUUGUGUGUUUUUGAAUGGACAAGUAAAAAAUUAGAAUGUAAUUUUUGUACCUUAUAUAAAACUGCAAUUUCUGAUGUACAGGGUUUUGAUUUUAUUGAUAAUAAAAUUGUUAUAUUUGGAAAUGGAGUGGAUGUUAUUAAAUGUAUGUUUAAAAGUUAUAUGUGUUUAUUUAAAAAUCCAAAUUAUUUAUAAACCUUAUAUUAAUUAAAUUAAAAAAUACCUAAUUAUAAAAUGGAUUAUAGGUAACCCAGUGAGCUCUAUCUUGUUCUUUUUCUGAUUUAUGAGUUGUAAACAAUGACUUAUAAACAUCUGUGUUUUUAUCAUCCUUUGCAAUGCUGUAUUCUGGUUUCAUUUUCUUUAAUUCCUCUUCAUUCAUUACCUUUCCUGUCGCUACAACAUUACCAAUUGUCCUUAUUUUCUUUUUGGGUACUUCCUCUUUCACCAAGGUUGGUCUUUUUUGUUUUGAACUUGAAGGUUCUGUAAUAAUAUUGUUUGUACUUAUUUCACCACUCUCACUAUUUUCCUUCUUGACUUUUGUCUUCCUUUCUUUGUUUUUCUUAUUCUUUUGCUGUCUGAUUUCCAUUCUUCCCAGCAUAAGUUCCAAGUCAUCUUCAUUGCCAUUUAUAAUCACCACAUCAUCAUCUUCAAAAGGUUUUGUGCAUUUAUGGCAGUUUUUAGUGCCAAUUUCUUUAUAGGCUCUUUCAGAAAACGUACAUCCACAAGACCAUAAGGCAACAAACCUAUGUUUUCCAUUCAUUUCCAAACCUAAUACAGGGCAAAUGUAAGGAACGGCCCUGUGAUCAAUAGCCCCUUCUUUUUUGCGUUCAUCAGCAUUAAAUUCAGGAUUGGGAGUUAGGUUAAGGUCCUUUACAUCUUUUAAAUUUCUGAUGUAUUUUGAACCUUCAGGAAGUGUGCUUCUAUCCAGUAGUGCUUCAAUAAGAGCCAUUUUACUGUAGAGUUUACCCAUAUGACAUAAAACAAUGGGUUUUUGAAGAAUUUCUUGAGUAAUCGUACAACAUUGCCACAAAAAUGCUAACUCUGCGUCCUUGUCCUUAGUUUCUGGCUUCUUCUUCACUUUAACAAGCUCGUCUCUACGAGGAAUAGUACCACCAUCACAACCCAUAUCGUUAAUUUGUGUCGUUAAAAGAGUUUUAGCUUGUUAAAUCAGCAUAAUUUGGAUGUUGUCAAAUUUGACAUACGGCAACUGU